UGAAUUAACUUAUUAUUCGAGACUAAAUAUACAAAAAGAUAUAUACCAAUUGCGAUACGAUUAAUAAUAUGAAAUACGAAAAUUUCAGAGAUAAAUUUUAGUACAAAUGUUUAACGCACUCUAGUGGCGACUCUGGAAACACUCAACCGGCUGUCUUGUAGAAGUAGAGGUCUAUCGAAGUAGAUGGAAAAGAGACUAGUAGAGUGUGACUGAUUGUAUGGUGUGAUCUUGGAGUGGUGUUACGUUUUCAGUAUUAUCUUGUUGUGCUCGCCAUGACGUUGGUUUGAAAUUGUAUUCCAAAAUAUUAAUCCCGAUGUUGGUCGUAGGACUGUGCCAAUGUAGUUUUCAUGCUUUUAACGAGGAGAGACUCUGGGGAGGCAAUUCGUGGAUACCGAAGAAAGCUUCAAACACGUUUGAAGCUUUCGAGGUCGUAUUCAUGGAACUAUGAACCUGGACUCGUUGUCUUUUACUUUGUCACAAAUCAGUUAUUUGGUUGCGAAUUUAAAUAAGAAAAAUUUUCGGGACAGCUGCCAAGAAAUAUCAGAUUUGGUGCUGUGGAAGGGUCUGGAGGCAGACAGACACUUGCUGCGCUCUUUGCUCUCGUGCAUCGAUUUUUCAACAGGAGAGCCACCGGAAUCAAGUGCGAAAGAUUAUUUUCAAGUGCAACUUCUGAAGCAAGAGUGUACUAACCUUCUUAGCAAACCUUCUUUUAUUUCUAAUCUGUGCUUUGCUAUAGAUCAUCCAUUUCAUCAGCAAAAGACUUUGAAUCCAUCGCCAAAGUUUUUUUUACGUUUGAAAAAGGUACUUGGCUUAACUCUGGUACAAGAAGUUGCAUUUGCGAUUGCGUUGCUGCAUUCUGAGAAUUCUGAAAUUUGUGCAUUAGCCCUAGAGCACGUGCAAAAGCAGCUGCCUGAAUUGAUAAAAAAUUAUAUCAACUCUGAGACAAGCAAUAAACAUCACGAGGAAGGAUUACACGAUUCGUUGCCUGAAGUUCUUCACCUUAUAUUAUCACAGGCUUUAUAUACAGCCAAUCAAUUUGGCCUUUCAUCGGAAGCAAAAGAAAAAUUUCUCAAGAAUUUAAGGCGCGAUUUUCCCCGUGAGCUGGUACCAGUGGUGCUAGCACCACUCUUGUAUCCAGACAACGGGGAAACUCCGCAAGCCAAAAUUGAAUUAAACAUGGCUGUCAAUCAACUGGAUGGGAAUUCCCUAGUAGAAUUGAUUAUGGAAUUAGGAUAUGGAUUUACUAGCAGCGUUGAAGAAUGUAGAUCAGCCUUAGCUGGCCUAGGUGCUCGAGAAAUAUCCCCAGCAUGUGCUGCUAGAGUACUAGGUCAUAUGGCACGUACUUGUAACAACCUUGACGAUGCUGGAGGUUUACAAUCAUUUUGGGGUAAUUCAGGAGCUACACAAGAUGCUAACAAAGAAAAGUCUGCAGAUAAUGUUGCUCCUACUACCUGGAACGUUGAAGUGUUUAUUCAAGCUUUAAAAGAAAUUCAAUCCACACUGUCUUGGAAUGAAGUGAUAGUUAAAUUGGAUCAUGCUGAAUUCGUUAUUAAAGACAGACAAGGGUUGAGUAUACUAAUCACUGGUUUAAGGUUGGGGUUGCAACAUCAAGGAUAUCUACCAGAUAUGUUUCCUGUAGAACUUUUUUAUCGUCAUUGGGAUAAUGUAGAAGGACAAUUCUCCUUAGUACAACAAAUUUUGAAAUGUCCAGACAUAUUUUGUUUUGCUGAUUAUCCAUAUCACUCUGUAACCGUUGAUGUAUUAAAAGCAGCACCGGAGAGCGACAGUAAAGAAGCACAAACAUGGAGAUCCUUGAAUGUUGUUGAAUUACUCUUACACAUGGCAGAAAGAGGGCUAUAUGGACCAGUUCAAGAAAUAUUCAAAUGGCCCGUUCAACACUGCCCUGAUGUUCUUGUAUUAGCAUUAUUGCAAAUUAAUGCGCCUAUUACUAUAUUGAGACAAGAACUACUUAGUACAUUGAUGCCUAUUUUCCUUGGAAAUCAUCCGAACUCUGCUGUCAUUUUACAUCAUGCGUGGCAUGGGAAUUCUGUUAAAAUAAAAUCUAUUAUCAUGCAUGCCAUGGCAGAAUGGUACAUACGAGGAGAUCACGACCAAACUCGAUUAUCUCGUAUUCUGGAUGUCGCUCAAGACCUCAAAGCGUUAACUCAUUUACUUACUGCUCAGUCAUAUCCGUUUGUUAUUGAUUUGGCUUGUUUGGCGUCAAGAAGAGAAUAUUUAAAAUUAGAAAAAUGGUUGACAGAUAAAAUCAGAGAACAGGGAGAAGUUUUUGUCACCGCUUGUGUAAAAUUUUUACAACGGCGUUGCCCGCAGGUGAUGGGUCCUGGCAUAAAAGAAGACCUUACAGUUCCAAAAGCGAGUCAGCUUCCUCAAGAAACAUUGACAACUAUGCUUGCUUGUUUGCAAGUGUGUGCUGGAGGUGUUUCUCAAGAAUGUUCAGAAGCAAUAAUGACUAUGGUACAAAAUUGCAGUCUUAUGUUGAGUAAGAGUACAAUGAGUAGACCUCCGCCACCAGGAGUUCUAAGACACCGAACAUUAGAAUCUUUUAAUCCAGCUACGUUAGGGGGGCCGCUAUUUUCUUCAAAACAAGUAGACCCACUUGGAAAUUUAAGCUCAAGUCUUGCGUCUAUGAGUUUGGGAUCUAGUCUUGGUCCUCCGAGCAGUUCUGCAUUCAAUUUACCUGGUGCUCUUGGACCUUUGGUGUCUGCACCUGGAUCCCCUUCCCGUCUCAUGGGACCUUCUCCAAGUCCAUUUCCAAUUCUACCAGUGUCUUCUCAAUUACAUUCUGGACCAGUUGGAACACAAGGACCAUCUGUCCUUCCUGGCAGUACAACAAUUGGAAGUUUAGGUCGCCUUGGGCCUCCAACAGGCAUUGAAAAGGCAAGAAUACCCGAAACAUCGAACUUAUUUCCUGACAUGGCACAAAAUGUUUCCAAAGAAAUUGAGGAUGAAGCAAAUAGCUACUUUCAACGUAUAUACAAUCAUCCGCCACACCCCACUUUAUCAAUCGAUGAAGUUCUAGAUAUGUUGAAAAAAUUUCAAGAUUCUGGUAGUAAGAGAGAAAGGGAAGUGUUUAAUUGUAUGCUACGAAACUUAUUCGAAGAAUACCGCUUUUUCCCUCAAUAUCCUGAUAAGGAGUUACAAAUCACAGCACAGUUAUUUGGUGGAAUCGUUGAGAGAGGAUUAGUUAAUAGCUAUAUGACACUUGGAUUGGCUCUGAGAUUUGUGUUGGAUGCUCUUCGGAAACCAGAAGGCACCAAGAUGUAUUAUUUUGGCAUAACUGCUCUGGAUCGUUUCAAGAAUCGUUUAAAAGAUUACCAAACAUAUUGUGAGCACGUCAGGGCAAUUCAGCAUUUCAGUGAGUUUCCACCACAUUUAAUUGAGUACAUAGAAUAUGGAUUACAGGGGCAGGAGCCUCCCACGAGACCUCAAGGUCCGGUUCUCCCAAAAACCUUAGCAGCUAUGUUAGCACCCGUUACUACGCCAUAUAAAACUAUUACAACAACAACUAUAACGACCAGUACUACUCAAGCAAAAUCAUCCACAACGCCAACCACGUCUCUUUCAGCUAGACCUUCCAUUGCUAAUGCGACAAAUAUUGAUACAUUAUUAGUAGCGACAGAUAAAGAAGAAAAAAUAACAACACCGCCCGAGGCUUUACAAGAUAAGACGGCAUUCAUUUUUAACAAUCUUAGUCAAUUAAAUAUGCAACAAAAAUGUGAUGAAAUCCGAGAAAUUGUCACGGAAGAAUAUUGGCCUUGGAUGGCUCAGUAUCUAGUAAUGAAACGUGCUAGCGUAGAAUUAGGAUUUCAUGCUUUAUAUUCCAACUUUUUGGAAUGUUUAAAAUUACCUGAAGUGUAUAAAUUGGUUACUAGGGAAACGUUUAGAAACAUAAAGGUUUUAUUGAGAAGUGAUAAAGGAAUAGCAAAUUUUUCUGAUCGUACACUUCUAAAAAAUUUGGGUCAUUGGUUAGGAAUGUUAACUCUUGGCAGAAAUAAACCCAUUUUGCAGAUUGACAUAGACGUUAAAGGUUUACUUGUUGAAGCAUAUCAUAAAGGCAAUCAAGAGCUCCUUUAUGUAGUUCCCUUUGUUGCCAAAGUACUUGAAAGUUGUGCGAAGAGUCGCGUUUUUCGUCCGCCCAAUCCUUGGACAAUGGCAAUCAUGAAUGUACUGGCAGAACUUCAUCGAGAACAUGAUUUGAAAUUAAACUUAAAAUUCGAAAUCGAAGUGCUUUGCAAGAAUUUAAACAUUGAUGUUGCUGAAUUGAAACCUGCGUUGUACCUGACGGAUCCAGAAAAGUUACGAAACUUGGAAUCUCAACUAUCACAUCCAAAUAAAAAGGCGGAAGCAAAUAAUAAUCCACAACAAACCCAAGGUCCUAUCGAAGAAUUGGUUGGUCCAACUACGACCGGAACAAUUGUUCCACAAGCACCUCCUGCAAAUACAACACCGUCUUUGCCCACUGGUCCACCAGAACCACGUUUCAACUACAUGGAUAUAUCUGUAACGAGCAUUGCUAAUAUUGCUCAACACAUUACCAUCAAUAAUCAGUUACCAUUGUUUCAAACACAUCCACACUUAAAACAGUUUGUUCGUCCAGCUGUUGAAAGAGCAAUUCAAGAAUGGAUUCACCCUGUUGUUGAUCGUUCAAUUAAAAUAGCUUUAACUACUAGCGAACAAAUUGUAAGAAAAGAUUUUGCAUUGGAUCCAGAGGAAGUUCGAAUGAGAACAGCGGCUAGACACAUGGUUAGGAACUUAACUGCUGGAAUGGCUAUGAUUACUUGCCGCGAUCAGGUUUUAGCGUCAAUUAGUACAAAUUUAAAGCAAGCUUUCCUUACCGCGAUGUUGGGCACAACUCCGCAACAGAAAGAACUUGCUGAACAAGCAGCUAAUGUAGUAGCUGCCGACAACAUGGAACUUGCCUGUGCAUUUGUACAAAAGACCGCCAUUGAAAAGGCUAUUCCAGAAAUGGAUAAGCGUUUGCUGAAUGAAAUUGAAUUACGAAAGAUUGCUCGACAAGAGGGAAGACGAUAUUGUGAUCCAUUAGCCAAGUAUCAAGCUGAAAGAAUGCCUGAACAAAUCAGAUUAAAGGUAGGAGGAGUUACACCUCAACAAAUGGCUGUAUACGAAGAAUUUGCGAGAAAUAUUCCAGGAUUUUUGCCACUUUCCGAACGUGAUACACAAGCUCUGUUAAUGCCAAAACCUGUCACUGAACCUGCUGUAACUGCAUUUGCCGCUAAUCCCGCGGUUGCAGUAGCAGCAGCGCAACAAGUUGCUGCGUAUGCAGCAGCGGUGAGUAACGAUGAAGUGGGAGCAAUGUUAGAAAAGCUUGCAGCCGAUGUUGAAGUGUUACUUACUGCAAUGGGCCCAGCUGCACCUCCCCCACAACACUCUGCACUUCAUAGUCUACUAGAAUCUAUUAUCUUAACAAGAAGAUCAAGAGAUGCGGGUGCUGCUAUGACAUUACUCAAGAAGGCUGUGGAAGGAUUGUUGGACGGUCCCACAAUCUCAAGUGGUGUGAUAGAUUCCGAAUUUAUACUACGAUAUAGAGAACUCCAUUUACGUAUUCUAAAGUGUCUUCAAGAUCCGCGUGCGUACGGUAUGCAGUGGACAAACAAACACGUUACUCGUUGUUUAACUGAAUGUAGAGAAGAAUUUCGAUACAAUUUUGAAGCUGUCGAUUAUCUCAUAAGAUCUCAUCUAAUUAGUCUUCCGCAGUAUGACUUGGCCUUAGCUCAAGCUAUAGAUUCUGGAAAUGCCAUGGCAACUGCAUUUGCGAUGCAACUGGUACAACUUUAUUUAGUUGAUGAAAGACAAACUACGCACGUUACCGAAUCCGAUUUGUUUCACACAAUUGAAAUACUAGCGAGAAUGGCUCAUCAUAGAGCACCACCCGAAGGAAUCUUAUUAUUCAGAUUGACGAGUUUGAUAGAAUCCUUGCGCGCUAAUCAUGAUCCAGGUGUACUAGCGGAUAGAGCUCCUGCUGGACCUACGGCGCAUAUACAUUCUGGAAUUCUGCAGGUGAGAGCACGUGACUUUGACGACCCGCCCGGAUUGAUGGAAAAAACAGAGUAUUUGCUCCGUGAAUGGGUAUCAAUGCAUCAUAAUCCAACGCACGCGCGUGAUCCCACGAAAGCUUUCGGAAUGUUUGUUCAUCAAAUGAACAUGCAUGGAAUUUUGAAAACCGAUGAUCUCAUAACAAGAUUCUUUAAACUGAGCACACAAAUGUGCGUUGAUUUGUGUUAUCGUGCUCUAGCCGAGACCAACGCGGCCCCAUCUGUUGUUCGUGCAAAGUGUUUCCAUUCGUUGGACGCUUUUGUCCGUUUGGUCGCGCUUUUGGUAAAACAUUCUGGUGAUAGUACAAAUACUCAUACAAAGAUUAAUCUCCUAAAUAAGGUUCUGGGAAUUGUCGCCGGUGUAUUACUGCAGGAUCACGAAAUACGUGGAACUGAUUUUCAACAACUACCCUAUCACAGAAUCUUUAUUAUGCUCUUCUUAGAGCUCUGCGCCCCUGAGCCAGUAUUAGAAGCAGUGAAUUACCAAGUAUUAACUGCUUUCUGUCAUACUCUGCAUAUACUUAGGCCAGCUAAAGCUUCAGGAUUCUGCUACGCUUGGCUAGAGCUAGUUUCACACAGAGUUUUCAUUGGCCGCAUGCUCGCGAUCACACCACAACAAAAAUGUUGGGGAAUGUACGCUCAGCUUUUGAUCGACUUAUUCAAAUACUUGGCACCUUUCCUUCGAAAUGCCGAACUUGCGAAGCCUGUCACCCUGUUGUAUAACGGAACACUCCGAGUGAUACUGGUGUUAUUACACGACUUCCCAGAGUUCCUUUGCGACUAUCAUUAUGGAUUUUGUGAUGUGAUCCCUCCUAACUGUAUACAAAUGAGGAAUCUGAUUUUAAGCGCGUUUCCAAGAAACAUGCGCUUACCCGAUCCAUUCACACCAAACCUGAAAGUCGACAUGCUACCGGAGAUAGCGCACGCCCCGCGAGUGUUGACCAACUUUGCGUCUAUGAUACAACCGCUUAGUUUCAAAAAGGAACUUGAUUCGUAUUUAAAGGCGCGUGCUCCAGUCACCUUCCUUUCUGAACUGCGCAGUAAUUUACAAGUAUCCCAAGAAGCGGGUGUUCGUUAUAAUAGUCAAUUAAUGAACGCCCUAGUACUUUACGUUGGUACCCAAGCUAUAGCUUUCAUUCGUAGCAAAGGGCAUACACCGAAUAUGUCCACUAUCGCACAUUCUGCACAUAUGGAUAUAUUUCAAAACUUGGCGGUCGAUCUCGAUACAGAAGGACGUUAUUUGUUUUUAAACGCGAUCGCGAACCAGCUACGGUACCCCAACAGUCAUACGCAUUAUUUCAGCUGCACGCUUUUGUACUUGUUCGCCGAAGCUAACACCGAAGCGAUACAAGAGCAGAUCACAAGAGUUCUUCUGGAAAGACUUAUUGUGAACAGACCUCACCCAUGGGGUCUACUUAUUACCUUCAUUGAACUUAUUAAAAAUCCAACAUACAAGUUCUGGACGCACGAGUUUGUUCACUGUGCACCAGAAAUGGAAAAAUUAUUCGACUCAGUUGCUAAAUCGUGUAUGGUUCAACAACUACAGCCCACUCCGGAACCGGAGAUCCCAAAGUCAUAGGACGCUUUAUUUUUCAUUGUCGAUUUGUGUACAGUAAAAUGAAGGAACGUAAUUAAUAAGGAUCGCGUGUAAAAAGUUGUUAAUGUACGAAUAGAUGUACUAUACUUUGGGCUUAAUUUUUGGUGAAUAGAUACUGGAAUAAUCGUAUAUUAAGUGUAUCGAUUCAGCUAGAAUAAGUGAGACUACUAUUAUGUUAAUAUUUUAAUAAAAAUAUUGUUGCAUCGAUCGAAAAAGCAACGAACAUUCAACCUCACAAAACGUGUCUUUCGAACAAUGUACUUGAAACAGUAUGUUACCAUGACAUUGUAAUAUUAUAGCACAAAUGUCAGUAUAAUGCGUAUCAUAAUGGCGGGGAGAGUAAGUCAAGAAUAAUAAGGGUGUUCAAAAAAUAAUAGUGAAUUUUUGUAGGUUAAUACCAAGUAUAAAUGUACUAUGAGUAAGUGGUAUAUGGAGUCAGUACCAAAAUUAAUACGUUGUGCUAUGUAAGUCAUUUAGGGAGUACUUGCAGAAUGUAUGGUGCAUUUGGAAAUCUGUAAUAUAGUACAUAAUUACUAGUAUACAUUGAUGUAAUUUUUUAAGAAUUGUAGCUAUGAAAAAAGAUAAAAGCUGAUUAAUUAAAUUGUGGUUUACAUAAUUAUUUGUUUCAAAUACUAAACAGUGCUUUAUAAUUGUCGC